AUAGACACAAUGUAUAUUAUAAAAAAUUAAAAAAAAGAGAAAAAAUAGUAUUGACUGAAGAAUUUAGCAUAAAACUAAUUAAAAAAGUACAUGAAAAUAUGUGUCACAUAGGUAUGAAACAAUUACAAAUAAAAAUUGGAAAACAAUAUACAGCAAAGAAUAUGACAAAAAAUAUCAUGAAUAUAUGUAAAAAUUGCGAGGUCUGUAUAAAAAACAAAAGUAGAGGACAGAUAAAAUAUGGCUUGAUGUCGCAUUUAGGACCUGCUACUAAGCCUUUUGAAAUCGUUUCCAUAGAUACCAUUGGUGGAUUCGGUGGUUCGCGUUCUACAAAAAAAUACCUUCACCUUCUAGUGGAUCACUUUACGCGAUACGCAUAUAUAGUGACCUCGAAGACCCAGAAUGCAAAGGAUUUCAUAAAACUAAUGAACAAUGUAAUAAAAGAUUAUAAAAUUGACAUGGUUUUAUCAGACCAAUAUCCGGGGAUAAAUUCCAAGGAGUUCAAAGAUUUUUUAAACGAAAGAUCAAUACAGCUGAUUUUCACAGCAGUAAAUGCGCCAUUCUCUAACGGUUUGAAUGAGCGUUUAAAUCAAACUCUAGUAAAUAAAAUAAGAUGUGUAAUGAACCAGAAAGAGAAUACGAGUGCUUGGACGACAAUUGCUCAUGAUUGUGUUAACAAAUAUAACAAUACUGAACACACAGUUACUGGUUUCACACCAAGAUACCUUCUGGAAGGCUCAGAUGAUUCAUUGCUACCAGACGAAUUAAAAUUAGACAAAACGGUAGAUGACUGGAUUGAAGAUAAAAAACUUGCAUUCGAAAAUUCAAUUAAAUCUCAUACUUAUAAUAAAAUGAUGAACGACAAGACUAGAACAUACCAUAAAUUUAAUACAGGUGAUAUGGUUUAUGUAGAAAACGGACAUAAAUUAAACAGAAAAAAACUAGAUGAAUUAAAGAUUGGACCUUUUGAAAUCAAAGAAAAAAUUUCAAAUUCCAUAUAUAGAGUUAAUACAGGCCACAAGAAGUUGGAAUCAAACCUAUUUCAUAUAACAAAACUCAUUCCAGCACCAGCAUAAGUAAAAAGAUACAGACAACUGUUAUAGCAUCUAUGAAAAUUUUCUGGAGUGAGAAAAUUUUCUUCCCGUGGAGGGGAGAUGUAAAGAAAUGAGAUUUCUUUGAAUGGUCUACAACUUAUGACUCGGUCGGUAAAGUAGAAGUUCACAUAGCAAGACAACAGAUGGCGUGGCAAACUCCAUAACUGUUCGGCGCGUAGGUGUCAUCCAUCUGUCAUGGCGACUAUGAGAGGUUAUAAACCCGGAGAGUGAAAAUCAAGAAACUAAAUAAUUUAAGGUGUAAAGUGGGAAUCGACAUGCCAAUUAAUAGACUUUGAAUGUCGUUUCUUUGUUUUCAGAGCAACACUUCGUUUAUUUUUGGUUGAUUCCUAACAACCCAUGAGAAUUGUCUUAUAUAUAUAUA